GCAAACGCAAAAAGCAGAGAAAGAGAGGAAAAAUCGCGAUCGGCUUCUUCCAGCCACACCCGUCACAGAGUGGCCACUCAAUCGCUGUCGCGUUUCCAUCAGAUUCCCGGUAACGUUUUCCCUUCUUCAGCUUCCCAAUUCCCGCCGGCGAAAUCCUAACCACUAUCGUAGUUUUUCAGUCUCCCGAUUAAUCGAGUUAGGGUUUCGUGCAAUUUUCCCCAUUUUCGUGUUCGGUUACUACUGGGAUUUUGAAGUAGGCGAAGUCUCAGGUCGCAAAAUCAUAUUUUUCCCUGAAACACGUUUCAAGUAAUUGCGUCUGCGUUCUCUGGUUCAAUGCCUUGUUUAUAUGAUUUGUGUUCAAUAUCUAGAAUUGUUGGGUUAAUGUUUAUGCAAAUGUCUCUGUCUCUCUGUGCUUUUGUUAAAAACGAGUUCACAAUGAUAAAGGUAUCGUUUUUAAUUGUUAGGAGUUUUGGAGAACAGAAGUUAAAAAAGAAAUGAGGCCAAAAGCAGUGUGGGAGCCUGAGUAUCACAGAGUGUUUGUUGAUUUAUGUGUGGAGCAAACGAUGCUAGGGAAUAAACCAGGGACACAUUUUUCGAAAGAAGGUUGGAGGAACAUAUUGAUAUCGUUUCAGGAGCAAACAGGCGCCAUGUACGAUAGAAUGCAGCUUAAGAACCAUUGGGAUACAAUGAGCAGACAGUGGAAAAUAUGGCGUAGACUCGUUGAAACUAGUUUUAUGAAUUGGAACCCUGAGAGCAACAGGUUUCGUGCAACUGAUGAUGACUGGGCUAACUAUUUACAGGAGAAUCCUGAUGCUGGGCAGUAUCGGUUGAGUGUUCCGCAUGAUCUCAAGAAGCUAGAGAUUCUCUUUGCGGGUUGUAAUGUAGAGGUGAAAAAUGAUGAAGUCUCGGGUGUAAGGAAGAGGCGAAGAAGUUGUUACGAGGAAGAAGAUGAAGAUAACCAAAGCAUGUGUAGUUCAUCUAACCCUCAAACAAAAGGGUAUUGGUCUCCGUCUACACAUAAGCUGUUUCUUGAUCUGUUGGUUCAAGAGACUUUAAAGGGAAAUAGACCCGACACUCAUUUUAACAAGGAAGGGUGGAAGACGAUUCUGGGGACUAUUAAUGAAAAUACCGGCCUUGGUUAUACGAGACCGCAGCUGAAAAACCACUGGGAUUGCACUAGGAAAGCUUGGAAGAUCUGGUGUCAACUCGUUGGAGCAAGUAGCAUGAAAUGGGAUCCUGAAUCUCGUAGCUUUGGUGCAACAGAAGAGGAAUGGCGAAUCUAUAUUCGGGAAAACCCAAGAGCAGGACAAUUCCGCCACAAGGAAGUUCCUCAUGCUGAUCAACUUGCAAUCAUUUUCAACGGAGUGAUAGAACCUGGAGAGACAUACACUCCUCCUUCGCGUUCGCGCAAGAAGCUCCUCCACAAUCGUUCUGAAUCACCACAAUGGCGUGACACAACUCCAUUAUCAAAGAUGCACGUAGAUGAAGCAGAAACCUCCAGGCAAAAUGGUUGUUAUGCAGAGUCUCAAGAAGAUCGGAUAGACAGUGAAAACGCUCAACCAUUGGAUGAUAUGAAGUUAAUGAAUGACGUUAUGUUGCAGGAAAGUCCGGUAUUCGUUGAGAUUGAAUCGGCAAAGCCGAUGUACAGCAUUGGAGAAUGCAUUAAAAGCCUCAACGCAAUUGAAGAGGUCGAACAAGGUAGUGAGCUCUACAUGUUUGCGUUGGACCUGUUUCUGAAGAGAGAGUAUAGAGAGAUCUUCUUAGAGCUGAAGAAGCCCAGUUUGAGAAUCGCAUGGUUGCAGAGACUUCAAUCUACUUCAUUUCCUAUUCCUACUACAACAUAGGUUCAAGUGUAUUUUACAAGCCAUCCUUUUUGUACUCUGACCUCUGUCUCUGUCUGAUGUUAUACCCAAAAGAAUCGUUCUUUGUUAGUUCUAUGAAUAUGGAUUAUAUAAAAACAGACAGGUAGAGAAUCAUGUUGAUGAACCUUUGAAUUGCCUAAUUCUUAAGUGGUUUGUGUUAGAAUUGUUCUCACUUUCAUUCAUUAGGAGAAGAUAUUUAGCAUUUAGUUCUAUGCAUAUUAC